UGACAUGCAUCGAGUAACGCGAUGAUUGCAUAUCAAACUUAUUCCAUACAUUUAUGAACAUUUGCUCUUUUUAGCGCCUAGGCCUACGCGGACACAUUUUAAUGUACUGCGCAUGCGAAUCAAUCCCAUAUAUGGAUUUUCAAAAUGGCGGAUACGACUCGUGUAAAACGUGAGUCAAAAUUUCCAGUGAGGUAUAUGCAGGAAUUUUCCUCGGAUUUUGCUUCAAAGCAAAGAAAAUCGUCAAAGAAAGACAAUAAUCUUUAUGACG